GCAGCUGGUAGAACCGGCCGAGUAUCACGUUUCGACCGGAGCUGCGUUGCCUACAUCGGCGCUUGUUCUCCUUGUAGGUCAGUUUAAUUUCGUUUUCCCGACCCCCUGACCGAAGCACCACAGCACACACAACGACGCUCUAACUGCAACGGCGACUCUGACACGGUCAUCGCAGUCACAGAACCACGCGGAUCGCAGGCGAUGACUUCGACGACCAAGCAGACUCGGAACCCGGACGAUAUCCUGUACUUCGCCUACGCCAGCAACAUGUGGUCGCGCCGCAUACACAUUUGCAACCCGACGGCCAAGUUUUUGGACAUCGGCGAGCUGGAGGGUUACCACGUCGACUUCUUCGAUUAUUUCGAAAGCUGGCGAGGUGCCAGUGCUGCGCUCCGAAAGUGCGACGGAAAAAUCACGCACGGUGUGAUAUGGGCAGUCCCGAAACAAGACGUCCAUAAUCUAGACCGACAGGAGAGCGACUACGAAGGCGUGGACGUUACCGUAAAGCUGUCAUCCGGAGAAGAGGCGGUCUGCCGGACGUACAUUUACGGACACACAAAGGCCGGGAAGAGAGGCGUGCCUUCGCUCUUCUACAAGGCGGUCAUCGUGGCCGGAGCAAUCGAGCACAAGUUGCCCGAGACGUACGUGCAGCAACUGGUCAAGCAGCCGGACAACGGCAACGUCCAGGGCGUCAGCGUUCCGCUCGACGUCGGAGAGCUGAGAUCCUCCGUGAAGGGAUACUUGAGCUUGUGAGCUAUAUUCGUGCGUGUUUCCAAAGUGAAAAAAAAAAAAAGAAAAAUACAUGACUUCGCCACCAAUAAAAUCAUUAUA